AUGUAAUAUAUUUAUGGAACCUUCAUAGAUGGAUGGUACAAUCUUAGAUUCUUUCUGAUUUCCUAUUUUCAAGACAGUGAGAAAAGAUUGAGGUAAAUUCCUAAUAAUAUUUACAUUCUCAAUCACGUAAUAAAUGAUGAUCUAGCAGUUGACUAAAAGAUGGAGAAAUUGAAGAGCUUAUUUGAAGGCACGAUUUGGUUUUCAUAUCGAAGCAAAAUACUCUAACUAUAAUAUAGUACACUUACCUCAGAUACAGGAUGGGGAUGUAUGCUUCGUGUAGGCUAGAUGGCCAUGUGUUAAUAGAUCAAGUACUUUUAUAAUUUGAGCUCCUCUUAAGAGUUGACAGAAUUAAUUUAACAAUUCGCGGAUAAUGAUGAAGAAGAACUGUCUAAAUUUAUGGAUCGCAAUGAUGGGGAUCAAACCAUCCAAUAUAAGUCACCAUUCUCCAUAUAGAAGAUUGUAGUUCAGACAAAACUAGAACUUUAGAAAUCGCCAGGAGAAUGGUACAAACCAAACGAUAUUUUGUUUGUAUUGAAGUAUCUCUUUCGAUAUUCUAAAUACUAAAAAAAUCUGAGAAUGCACAUAAAUCAUGAAAAUGCCUUUAUUUUAAGUGAUGUAAUCAGUUUAAUGUUCAAUAAAAAUGGAGGAGAUGAAGAAUGGCUUAAAGAAUAGAUAGAGAAAGGUUAAAAUGAUGAAUUUGGAGUUUCAAUCUUUAUUUUAACAAGAAUUGGAUUGGAUACUUGCAAUCAAGAAUAUCUAAAAGUCUUGAAUGACAUAAUGACAUACCCCUAAUUCCAAGGUAUCUUAGGUGGAUUCCCUAACAAAGCCUUGUAUAUCUUGGGAAGAGUUGGAAAUUAUUAUAUCUACUUGGACCCUCAUUAUGUUUAAAACGCAUAAAAUUACUAAGAAAUGGAAAAUGAUCGAUCCUCAUAUACUUGUUAAAGCAUUCAAUUAAUAGACAGCAAUUAACUUGAUCCAUCAAUGGCCAUAUCGUUUUGUGUUAAGAAUGCCUUAGAUUUGUUAGAUUUGUGGAGAAGGUUAAAAUAAACAAAAUCAGAGAAUGGCGAAUCAUUUUUUAUGGCACUAACAGAAACCCAUGUAUAUUACCAGCUGGCAUAGUCAUAUUAUUGCGUAAGUGAUGAAGACGAUUUCGUCACUAUCCUUCAUUGA